CAAGCAAAUGCAGAGACUACUCAGUUAGAUGAGGCUGAAUACGGGGAUGGGGCCCAUUCAGAGGGUGUUUGUGAGAGGGGUCAUAAGUGCAGAACUGGAAAAGCUUCUACGGCAUCAAAUCGUCCUCAGAAGCGCAAAGGUUCAGCAGCUGAUGAGGAUGCUAAAGAUAGUACAUCAUCCAAGAAGUCAAGGAAGCGGUUACCCCGUCAACAAGUUGAUGAGCCAGGGAACAAUAGUUAUGAGGACAGCUUUGAUGCUGAAAAUACUAGUGAUUUUGAUGGCAUUGAAGAUGGGGAGCAUGAUUCAGCACGGAGAAAAAGAGUCCCAAGAAAGUCGAAGAUACCUGUAUCUGACAAUGAACCAGUUCAAAAGUGUAAAAGGACCAAGAAAGCACCUGAUGAACCAACUAAAAAGUUCUCUCAUUCAACUUGUAGAAAUCGAAGACGUGGUGAACAUAAUUCUGGGUAUUUAUUUUGAUGAGUUAUGGAAUUUGUAUGCAUGUCUUUGUGAUUUCCUUUUAUGUUCUGCAGUGGACAAGUCUUUGAUUGAGAUGCCAGAGGGUCAAAUUGAUCCACAGAAAAUUCCAUUGCGGGAUCUUAUUCGACUUCGAGAGUAUACAGAGUGCUCAGAGAUCAAAGAGGCAGCCAAGUUGAAAACUCAAGCUUCCAAUCACAGGGAUAGGGUUAGCACAAGUUCCUUUAGCUUGAAUUACGCGUCUUUUAUGAAAAAACCACGGCCCGUAAAAUGGUCUGAACAAGACACUGAACUGUUCUAUGAGGGUAUUGAGCUGUUCGGAUCUGAAUUUCAUAUGGUCGCUCUACUUUUUCCUGGUCGAACACGUGAUCACAUCAAGUUUAAGCACAAGAAGGAAAAACGUCAAAAUCCAUUACGUAUUGAUGAAGCCUUGCACCAUCAACCCAAAGACAAUUCCAAAUAUGCUCGGGUGAUUAAUGAGAUGCUAAAAGUUGCUCGGCAAACGCAGAAGUCUAAUUCAGAUGAGUUAAGUGACAUAAUAGACCUGGAGGAGGAAGAGCUGACUCAAAAUAACAAUGAGGAAGUGACAACACCCGAGUUGGAUAAAAUUGAAGAUAUGGAAACUGAUGUUGCUGCCUUAGUUCAACACGAGGAAGCUGCUGUUACUGAAGUUCAUAGUCCCAUGAAGUCCAAUCAAAGUGGCCAUGGUGACGAUUUUGGCGGUUGGAGUGAUGAAUUUUAGUGUACCAGUGUUACAAGGAAAUUAAAUGUGUCAUUGGAACCGCAAUAACCGGUAAACACACAUAUUUCAACUAUGGAGCAUGUGGAGAUAGAAUUUUUUUUUAUUAACAAACCGGUAACAGUUGCGGAAGAACUGGCAAGAAUGGGAUUUGAUGUAGAAAAGAUCAGCUUAUGUGUUCAUAGGGGAUUGUGAUUCUUUCUUAGCAAGAUUAAUUGGUCAUACUAUUCCCGGUCCCACUAGUUCUAAAUUUGGAGCAGGGGAUCUGAUGUAGCAAUGUAGAAGUCAUAGCUGUUAGCAAUUAUUUCUGAACUCUGCUUGUUAGAAAUUAUAUGAAGUACAUUGUUCUUUCAUCUCUCCUUCAUUAUGAUGAAGUAAUACUGAUCAUGUUCAAAGU